GAAGAGGGGGGGAGCGGUAGCGGGGGUUCCGCAAGGGAAGGCUUCCGCCCGGGCGGUCGGGAAGCGGGAUGGGCCAGGAAAGUGUAGGCCGUGGCCCUGUGGCGGGGACCGAAGAUUGGGCCUCGGCCAUUGCGGGCCUAGUGUCGCGCCCGGCUGGCGGGGGGUGGCGAAGCGGUUGGUUGGGGCCGGCGGCGGCCGAGGCACGGCGGGGUCAAUUCUCUUUAGUGUUUGCCGAUGUUGGAGGCGUCUCCAAAGUGUCCCUGAGAACCAGUAAAAAUCAACAGCACAAGUCAAGAUGCUGACCGCACCAAACCAUUCAGGACCUCCCCUGUCCCCAGGAAUGCUAACCGCUUCGGUAACAGCAAGUACAGUGAUUCUUCAGCCCUCAAUGAAUGGAUCCAUUCCAGAAUCAGCUGCUGAUUGUAUUAAUUCUCCAGGUGGUCAGGUGGAUUUUAUGCCUUCUAGCAACUCAAAAGAUAACAUGGCAAACCCCAAAGAGAAGACUCCGAUGUGUCUGGUAAAUGAGUUAGCCCGUUUCAAUAGAAUUCAGCCUCUGUAUAAGCUUCUAAAUGAACGAGGACCUGCUCAUGCCAAGAUGUUCACAGUACAGCUGACUCUUGGAGAGCAGACAUGGGAAGCCGAAGGAAGCAGUAUUAAAAAGGCUCAUCAUUUUGCUGCUAGCAAAGCUCUGAGUGAAACUACUCUCCCCAAACCAACACCUAGACCACCCAAAAACAAUGUUAAUAAUAAUCCAGGCAGUAUUACCCCAACAGUGGAAUUGAAUGGUCUUGCUAUGAAACGAGGAGAGCCCGCCAUCUAUAGGCCAUUAGAUCAAAAGCCAAUCCCAAACUACAGAGCAAAUUAUAACUUUCGAGGCAUGUACAAUCAGAGAUAUCACUGCCCAGUGCCUAAGAUUUUCUAUGUCCAGUUGACUGUGGGCGACCAUGAGUUUUUUGGUGAAGGGAAGACUCGCCAAGCUGCUAGACACAGUGCUGCAAUGAAGGCUCUUCAAGUUCUUCAGAAUGAGCCAGUCCCCCCCAAAUUACCUCAGAAUGGAGAGUCAGGUAAUGAACUGGAAAAGGAAAAAGAUGCAAACAAGUCGGAAAUCAGUCUAGUAUUUGAAAUUGCACUGAAGCGCAACAUGCCUGUCAGCUUUGAGGUAAUAAAAGAAAGUGGGCCACCACAUAUGAAAAGUUUUGUUACACAAGUGUCAGUAGGAGAGUUCUCUGCGGAAGGUGAAGGAAACAGCAAGAAAUUGUCAAAGAAGCGUGCUGCAAUAGCUGUCCUGCAAGAACUACAAAAACUUCCCCCUCUUCCUGUGAUUGAAAAGCCAAAGCUUCAUUUUAAAAAACGUCCCAGAACAAUAUUAAAGACUGGACCAGAAUAUGGUCAAGGAAUGAACCCCAUUAGCCGUUUGGCUCAGGUUCAACAAGCUAAAAAGGAGAAGGAACCAGAGUAUGUUCUUCUUUCAGAAAGGGGACUUCCUCGUCGUCUAGAGUUUGUUAUGCAGGUCAAGGUGGGAAAUGAAGUUACAACAGGUACAGGCCCAAACAAGAAAAUAGCAAAAAGGAAUGCAGCUGAAGCUAUGUUGCUACAGCUUGGCUAUAAAGCCUCUUCUCCACUUCAAGAACACCCAGAAAAGCCAGGCGAGAUCAAGGGAUGGAAUGGCCAAAAUGUUGAAUAUCCUGAACUAGCAAAUAACACACCAAAGGGAAUUCUUCAUCUCUCUCCUGAUGUUUAUCAAGAAAUGGAAGCAAGCCGCAACAAAGCAUCCCCUGGUACCCCUGUAAACUAUUUGUCCGCCAAGGAAAUGAGCCAAACAUCUAGUUGUUUCUUCAGCAUGUCUCCUGCCAUUAAUAGUACAGCUACAAUUGCCAGGGAACUGCUCAUGAAUGGAACAUCCCCAACUGCUGAAGCUAUAGGUCUAAAAGGAAUGUCACUCACUUCUCCUUGUUCCACAGUGCUGCCUGCAAAACAGUUGGAAUAUCUGGCAAAAAUCCAAGGCUUUCAGGUGCACUACAGUGACAGACAAAAUGGUAAAGAAUGUAUGACUUGUUUGACAUUGUCUCCUGUGCAGAUGGCUUUCCAUGGUAUUGGAAGCUCCAUUGAUGCCAGCCAUGACCAGGCAGCUUUAAGUGCCUUGAAACAAUUUUCAGAACAAGGACUGGAUCCAGUGGAAGCAACAGUGAAGGUUGAAAACUGUUCAUUUGAAACACAAGUCAAGCAUCUGGGAGAAAACGCAGACAAUAAACAGACUAACUCAGGCACCAUUGCUCAGGACUGCAAGGAUUCAAAGGCUGUCGCCUAGGAGCUUCCCAGCACCCGCAGCUGCCACUGCAUCCUUAUAAACCUGUCAACACGCAAUAGGGUGUAUGUGUACAAGGAAAUGAAUGACUAAUACCAUUAUUGAGUCUUAUGUGAAGACAACACUAUUCUAACGAGAUAGUAUACAUGGUACUGUUUAUUGAAUGAGGGAGAAAGAAAUAAAACACUAUUUCCUCUCCAAGCCUAAAAAUAUAUAUCUAAAAAUAAAUAAUUCAAACUGCUCCAGAGUUAACAAAAAUCCAAACCAGCAGAGUUUUAAACAGCAAGUAAUUAACUAAGACUUAGUAGGAUGAGGAUUUAGGUUUACAGUUGAUUAAUUUCCUUAGGAAAGGAAAAGUCAACAUUGGGCUGAGUUAUUUGACUUCUUUAUAGUGUAGAAUAAGUUUAGCUUUCCUCUUUUCUUUUGUUAAUUAUGCUUGAAUAUUUUAAAAUUAAUCAAUGACAGUGCUGUGAGAGUUGUUGUCUUCAUAUAUAGUCAUACAGCUUCUCUUUUUAUGCCAACAUUAUGCAUUCUUCAUACUCUUAUGGAAUACAUUAUUGCUGUAAGAUGCACUUCUCUGAGUUGUUUGCAAAGUUUAAAUCAUGACAAGUAUUUCCUUAAAUAUUAAUGGCCAUUCACAAUAUACUACAAGAGAAAGCAGUGAUGGUAUUUGAUUUCCCUUGCCAUUUGUUGACUGAAAAGGAACUUUGCCUCCAAGGAACAUUUUCCUCCCUUUAAUUCUGCUCUCUGUUGUGUGAAGCACAUUUACACCCCAUUCUGUGUUUUGUAUCAAUCUAUCAUUUGCAUCAACUGAGUGUUUUUAAUAACUGCAUUCUGACAGUGGAAAAGGAUGGAAAUGUCAUCUGGGAGGACAAAAUGUGGUGGGGCAGAGGUGUCAAACUGCCAGUGUUAGCAGAAGAAUUAAUUUGCAUUUGUAUUCUGUACCAGCAUAUUUGAAUUAUGUGGCCAAUGCAGUAAAACCACAUCAGUUCAUG